GCUCAGUUGCAUUCAGCAGUGGAAAGAGCACUUUGAAUGAAGGCCGCUUCCCAAGCCCUAAACCGCUUCCCAAGUGCUGAAGGCGCUGGAUGACUUCAGAGAUCAGAGACACGACGGCUGGGGAGCCCCUCGCGUGCCCGAGGUUGGUCCCCUACCUGGAGUUACCAGCAGGAUUUGGGAGUCCAAUUCUUCUCACGCUGAUCAUGGUGCUACCCUAUCGUGGCACCGUGGAGAGCCGCUUCGCGCAAACAGCCCUUGUCUCUGCGAAGUUGCCCUUCGGUUCCUUCUGCUGACGACGCAGUGCCUUUUGCGUCAAAGAUGGCGGGUGGCGUGGACGGCCCCAUAGGGAUCCCGUUCCCUGAUCACAGCAGCGACAUCCUUAGCAGCCUGAAUGAGCAGAGAAACAAUGGGCUGCUGUGUGACGUGGUCAUCUUGGUAGAAGGCCAGGAGUUCCCCACCCACCGCUCCGUCCUGGCAGCGUGCAGCCAGUACUUCAAGAAGCUCUUCACCUCAGGGUUAGUGGUGGACCAGCAAAACGUGUAUGAGAUAGACUUUGUUAGUGCAGAUGCCUUGUCAGCUCUGCUGGAGUUCGCUUACACUGCGACCCUUACUGUCAGCACUUCAAAUGUCAACGACAUCCUCAACGCCGCCAAACUGCUGGAGAUCCCGGCGGUAAGGGAUGUUUGCACGGAUCUCCUGGACAGGAAGAUUCUGGCCAAAAAUGACCAGAUGGAUACAGUAGAUCAAAUUGAUCAAAGGAACCAUCUCAGAGCAAAAGAGUACCUGGAAUUCUUCCAGAGCAACCCCGUCAAUGGCCACCAAGGCAGCUUUCCGUGGACCAACCAAGAGUUGAGAGACCUUCAGAGACUGAACUUCCGAAGCCAAGAGGAAGAGGAGGAGCCAGACUGCAAUGGCAUGGACUUCUACUCACAAGCUCCACUAAGUGAAAGACCAAAGGUGAAUGACUGUGAUCCUGACAGCAAUCCAGCCAUGUGGUUGGACAGAGAAGAGGAGGAGACCCCUGGGUCUUUAUUUUCACCUUCUCAGAACGGACAUUACAGCAGCCGUGGCCUGCAGACACCAGGAGAAGAGGAGGCAACUCCAGCGGUUCCUUUGGACCAGCAGGAGGCCGGUGACUCGCCCAGCUUUGUUCCUACUGGAGCAGAGAUGGAGGAUGCUGAUGCCAGGGAGGUGGAUGGCUUGGCUGCUAGUGCCCUGCUGCAGCAAAUGAUGAAUUCUGUGGGGAGACAACAGCUAGGGGAGGAUGACCGAAAAGAUGACGACGGGGUUAUGGAUUAUUACUUGAAAUACUUCGGCAGUUCAAACGAGAGCGACGUGUAUCCGUCCUGGUCCCAGAAAGUUGAGAAGAAGAUCAGGGCAAAAGCAUUCCAAAAGUGCCCCAUCUGUGAGAAGGUGAUCCAGGGGGCUGGCAAGCUGCCGCGCCACAUCCGCACCCACACUGGCGAGAAGCCCUAUGAGUGCAACAUCUGCAAAGUCCGAUUCACCAGGCAGGACAAGCUGAAGGUUCACAUGAGGAAACACACAGGGGAGAAGCCGUACUUGUGCCAGCAGUGCGGCGCCGCUUUUGCUCACAACUACGACUUGAAGAACCACAUGCGCGUCCACACCGGCCUGCGGCCCUACCAGUGCGACAGCUGCUCCAAGACUUUCGUCCGCUCCGACCACUUGCACAGGCACCUUAAAAAAGAUGGUUGCAACGGCAUCCCCUCGAGGAGGGGCCGCAAGCCGCGGGUGCGGGAGGCCGGCAGCCUGCCCACCCUCACGGGCAACCCCGAAGACGGGAGCUACGCGGCUGGCGGCGAGAGCCAGGAGUCGGAGGAUGCCGCGGAGAGGAACGGCCCAGAGCAGCACUUUGAGGAGAGCUCGAAUAACGAAGCGCCGAGGUUGAAUGUAGCAGGAGGGUCGACGGAGGGUAACACGCAAGGACUCUCCUAAACCAAAAACAAACACACACAAAAAAAAAAAAAAAAAAGUGUCACAAAAUCUAGUUAGUACUUUUCCUCCGAUUUUCUCUUUAAAGAUGUUUCUCUCCCUUUUUUUAAGAAAGACAGAUAUAUAUAUAUAUAUUAUGUUUCCAAUCUUACCAUCGUAACUAGGGCUCCCCCGAGGACCCCUCCGUAGCCAAGGACCUUUUCUUGUGAAAGGCAGUCGCUAGGAAGCACGGGCUGGGGAUGGAAAGUGGCUCUGUCGCAUGGAAAAGGAGCUUCCAUGUAAAUCCAAAGCUUUAUUUUGU